AUGAUUCGAACGUACUCAUCCAUUUGCAGUGGUCUUGGGCGUGACCAACCUCAUACCUCGCUCUACCCGGGAGGAUUCCAAAUAUCUGCCGCGGUUGGCGGUCAAUUCCAAAUACAAAUGACCAAUCGUGGUCCUCCGCCUCUCAAACCGGCACCAAUGUCACAAAAUGCACGGAAUGACUGUGGACUAGGUAUCCAGUUCCGCUACACAGACGAGUUCCAUCAAGCUCGGGUUCUGGUAUUGUGUCAACACCCAUGGGAAUUGGACGAUGGUCACACGACUCAUUCGUCGUCUGCGAUUGGGCUCUGGGCUUCGCUCGCUGUUCCGCGAUGGUCUCCACGCCAGGCCAGCGCUCCAGAGUCUCGGGCCGGAAUACCACGUCACAUGAGAUGGGAGAUAUUAUGCAGCCACCUAAGAGAGUACCCAGGCUAA